AUGGCAGCCACCCCGCACCGGCUCGGUACCCUCGCCUCGCGCCCACUGGGCACUGCCAUGGUACCGCGCGCCAACCGAUCCGCGGGCAGAGUGGCCAUGGCGUUCACCCCGGGCGUCGACGGCGACUACGCGCACCCGACAACGACGCUAGCGGUCAUCGCACCCAGCCCGGCGGCGCCGGCAGCCCUGCUCACCACCGCCCUCGCAAUCAACUGGACCGACUCGGCGACUGGGCCCGACGACGAUCCGGUGGCCAUGUCAGCGUUUGUCCUCCACGGUCAACUCGAUGUGGCCAGGGCACUGGCAAGCAUGGGCCCCGCUGCCGGCGCCGCCGAGCCGGCGGUCCUCCUCGGCGGCUUUGCGCUCAACAUGUCGUGCAACCCGGCGCUGCAGCCGCCGGGCGAGGUGUGCAACUCGAACGGGAUCUGGGCCACCCACAUCGCAGUCGAGAUUGACAACGGCUCGGUGGUGCUCGACCGCGCGAGCGGCGUGCUCCACUUUGACCUCGCGUUUGAGCUGGGCCGGGCGUGGACGCCCGACAAGGGCGGCGGCAAGCCGUUCAACUGGCGGAUGACCUUUGACGCGGUCUUUGAUGCCACUAUUGUCCUAGCUGCGCCCGCCGGCGGACGAGUCACGCCCGGCGCUCGCGUCGAGCUCGUGUCGUCGCUCUGGGCGCCGAGCUCGGCUCACUCGGCGGCCAUCACAGGCAAGCCGGGGGUGCCUGCCGGCGAAGUCGGCAUCACUGGGUGGGGCUUUUCGCUUGUCCCGCAGCACGCCAACGAGACCUCGCGGCUGGGACGGUACUUUGAGUCGAUCGCCUUUGCCGUGGAGAAGCAGGUCUACGCACCGACCUCGGGCACGGCGUCGUUUGCAGUCCAGGCGCACCUGACGGCACCGCUCACCGUCCACGACGUCGGGGUCAAGGCGUGGAUGGCGCCGGCGCUGGUCCAGCUUGACGGCGUGUCGUCCGGCUCAACUCGCGUUGUGGGCGUGGUGUGUGAGGACGUCAAGCUGUUUUCAACCGACGUGGUUGACUUUGAUGUGCCGGUGGCCGCGGGGAAGAUGUGA